GAGCCCGAGCCCGAGCAGGAGCUGAGGAGGCGGCGGGACCAGCCGGACAAAUUUCCUGCUCCGCUGCGGGAGGCGGGCGGCUGGGGUGCGGGCAGCAGGGGGCGGCGCCCCGAGCGCGCGGCCUUUGCGCGUCCUCGCGACCCUCCUUCGCGCCCGGCGGGGCCAGAAGGGCGCCCCAGAGGGCGGCGGGCGAGCGCCCGGGAGAUGCGGAAUCGCCGCGGCUGCGGGAUCGGCACCCCGGCACCGGCCCCCCCGAGCCCCAAUGUGCAGUGACGGCCGAGAGUGUCCCCGGCCACAGGUAGAUGCAGGCGGCGAGCCCUCCCGUGAGGCUGCCUUCCCGGCCACUCACACCGGAACCAGGGGCACCUCUGUCAGACUAUAGCCGGCAUUUUCCCGGGGUUCGCCAUGGAGCCCUUCGGCCCGCUCCUGCUGGCAGGUGUUAGCUUGCCGCUGGCCAGGGCAUUCGCCGUCAACGAGACCACCCCAGCAGACAGCAACUGGACCUCCACGACCUCGGGCCCGCCUGCCGCCGGCCCCCAGCCCCUGCUGGCCUGGCUGCUGCUGCCGCUGCUGCUGCUCCUCCUCUUCCUGCUGCUGGCCGCCUACUUCUUCAGGUUCAGGAAGCACAGGAAGGCCACGGUCAGCGCCAACGACAAGAAGAUGCCCAACGGGAUCCUGGAGGAGCAAGAGCAGCAGAGGGUGAUGCUCCUCAGCAGGUCCCCGUCAGGGCCCCAGAAGUACUUCCCCAUCCCCGUGGGGCAGCUGGAGGAGGAGAUCCGGGUCCGGUCAGCCGACGAGUGCAAGAGGUUCCGGGAGGAGUUCAACUCGCUGCCGUCCGGACACAUGCAAGGAACUUUCGAGCAGGCCAAUAAAGAAGAAAACAGAGAAAAAAACAGAUAUCCCAACAUCCUUCCCAACGACCACACCAGGGUGGUUCUGAGCCAAGUGGACGGCGCGCCCUGUUCAGACUACAUCAACGCCUCCUACAUAGAUGGUUACAAAGAGAAGAAUAAAUUCAUAGCAGCUCAAGGCCCGAAGCAGGAAACCGUGAAUGACUUCUGGCGGAUGAUCUGGGAGCAGAAGGCAUCGACCAUCGUCAUGCUGACGAACCUGAGGGAGAGGAAAGAGGAGAAGUGCUGCCAGUACUGGCCGGACCAGGGCUGCUGGACCUACGGACACAUCCGGGUGCGCGUGGAGGACUGCACGGCGCUGGUGGACUACACCGUCCGCAAGUUCUGCGUCCAGUCGCAGCUGCCCGACGGCUCCAAGGCCCCGCGGCUCGUGUGCCAGCUGCACUUCACCAGCUGGCCCGACUUCGGGGUGCCUUUCACCCCCAUCGGGAUGCUCAAGUUCCUGAAGAAAGUGAGGGCGCUCAACCCCUCACACGCCGGGCCCAUCGUGGUCCACUGCAGCGCGGGCGUGGGCCGCACGGGCACCUUCAUCGUCAUCGACGCGAUGAUGGACAUGAUGCAGGCGGAGCAGAAGGUGGACGUCUUCGACUUCGUGGCCAGGAUCCGCCACCAGCGCCCGCAGAUGGUGCAGACGGACACGCAGUACACGUUCAUCUACCAAGCCUUGCUGGAGCACCACCUCUACGGGGACACCGAGCUGGACGUGACCUCCCUGGAGAAGCACCUGCAGGCGCUGCAGGGCAGCGCCAGCCGCUUCAACAAGGCCGGGCUGGAGGAGGAGUUCCGGAAACUGACGAACGUGCGCAUCAUGAAGGAGAACAUGAGGACGGGCAACCUGCCGGCCAACAUGAAGAAGGCCAGGGUCAUCCAGAUCAUCCCGUAUGACUUCAACCGCGUGAUCCUGUCCAUGAAGCGGGGCCAGGAGCACACGGACUACAUCAACGCCUCCUUCAUCGACGGCUACCGGCAGAAGGACUAUUUCAUCGCCACCCAGGGGCCCCUGGCGCACACGGUGGAGGACUUCUGGAGGAUGGUCUGGGAGUGGAAGUGCCACACGGUCGUGAUGCUGACCGAGGUCCAGGAGAGAGAGCAGGACAAGUGCUACCAGUACUGGCCAGCAGAGGGCUCGGUGACUCACGGAGACAUAACGAUCGAAAUGAAGAGUGACACCCUUUCGGAGGCCAUCAGCGUGCGCGACUUCCUGGUCACCUGCCGCCAGCCCCAGGCCCGCCAGGAGGAGCAGACCCGCAUGGUUCGCCAGUUCCACUUCCACGGCUGGCCCGAGAUCGGGAUCCCCACGGAGGGCAAGGGCAUGAUCGACCUCAUUGCGGCGGUGCAGAAGCAGCAGCAGCAAACGGGCAACCACCCCAUCACCGUGCACUGCAGUGCGGGCGCCGGGCGGACGGGCACCUUCAUUGCGCUCAGCAACAUCCUGGAGCGCGUGAAGGCGGAGGGCCUGCUAGACGUGUUCCAAGCUGUGAAGAGCUUACGCCUUCAGAGGCCGCAUAUGGUGCAAACCUUGGAACAGUAUGAAUUCUGCUACAAAGUGGUACAAGAUUUUAUUGAUAUAUUUUCAGAUUAUGCUAAUUUUAAAUGAAAACUCCUGCCUUAAAAUAUUUUUUAAUUUAAUGGUCAGUAUAUUUUGUAAAAAUCGUGUUAAUUUAUUUCAUAGUUGACAUUAAUACCCUUUCUAAUUUCUUUGUAUAUAUUUUGUUAAUGCUUUAAGACCACCCGCUUAUAAAGGUAUUUCAUCUUAAGUACGCCCCUUUAAAAACUGGAAUAAUGUAUUAAGGUCAAAUAAUACCCCAUAAUAUAUAUAUUUCUGCUAAUGUCAGUAAGUAUUUUAAUUUCUCAUCAGAUUCAUAUCAUUUAAUUUCUCACACUCAGGACCUCUAAGUAUUAUAGAUCUCACUAUGCCAAGUGUGCUUAUGCAGAAUACUAAACACGACACCCAUUAGAAAACAGCUGGGGACUGAGACAUCCGCUGGAAAUCCACUUUCCUAACACGGGCUCCCAGAGCCCUGGGCGGCAGCUUUUGUUUCAAAGGCACACAGUUCCGGAAGAUGGGGAGGUUCGUUUACCUUUCCAUUUGAAAGAUCAGAGAAGACCUCGCAACCUGAGUCCAGGUCUAAAGCACAUCAGAGGAGUUUGUGAUGACAUAGUGAGACUUAAAUAUGCAUUUAUCCGAGGCUGCGCCCCUGCCACCCCUGGCUAGGUGACAGGAGAUGCCCGUGGUCCUGUUCGCUCACGGCUUUGGGUGCAGCUGAAGCAGUCGUCGGAGCGGCGCGCCCACAGCGCCACCUGCUGUCCGUCCGCCUGUAUGUGUGACUCAGGUGAAACCUAUUGAGAAUCAAACCCACGGCAUUUCUCACUCCCCUCCCACUGGCCCCAGCUGCCCGGCGCCCCGUUUGGGAGGCGUCCCGCGCUCGACCUCCAAUCAGCUCCCAUCCCAACUGUUCAAAUAGAGCCCAGAGGCUGACACCCACAGAAGCAAGGAGCACACGCUUGGUAGAACGCAGGACCCCAGGCACCGCUGCUGUCGACCUCCCCAGAGGCAUUUUGGUACUCUGAACCCUCUUGUAGAAGCUCAGACUGUUUGUACGAAAAGAAAUCUUCCAAUCUAGAUUUAUACGGUUUUUUAAAAAGUCCCGCUCCUCAAUAUUUAAUUAAAGAAAAGAAAGAGCAUUCCUUCAUCUAAA